AUGGUGCGCGUGCCCGGAUCUUUUGGGGACUCCGGAUUUCACCGUGAGUCCGUAGAAGAUGCGCAAGUGAAGAAAAAACCAGGGGAAGAGGCGUCGUCGGAUAUCGGAUCGACGAAGACGCUGCUGAACAAAACGAGAUCCGCGGAUCGACAGAGUGCUCGGAGGACUUCUGUUGACGGAAUCGAGGGCGAUCUGGGCACAGAUCUAGAAGACAAACCUCAACAUCCUCCCCAGGUCCCUUCGGGGACUCCGGUGGAUCUUGGGGCGAACCGAGAUUCACUAACAAAACAAACUAAGGCGGGAUCCGACCGAUACGCGUUCGCCGACUCGCCGAUCAGGCUCGAUCCGGACUACCUGGACGCGAUCGCGGACAAAGACCAGAUUGUGAGGAAGAAGCUGAGAGCGCCAGGCCUGGACAACGAAGAUCCCAGACCGUCGGCGCUCGACUGGUCCGAGGCUGACCUGGAUCGUCAGUAUCACUUGAAGGAACUGCGAGACUUCUUGCGUCAAGAUUCCGUCAUGGUGAUCUUGCGGCCAGAGCAGAUCGACGACCCGAAGGGCCCGUUCUCGGCCCCCCGAGUGACGGACAAC